AUGCAGAGAAGAGCCCUGAAGCAGCUGGGUAAAGUCACCCAGUGGACCUCUGAAAAGGUCUUUUCUGGGGAAAAAACCCACCUUUCUGAUGAGUUUAUCGAAACGGAAAAGGAGAUUGAAGUCAGGCGAAUUGGUAUCGAGCGACUGCACGCGACCUCUCUGCCUUUCUACGAGCAACUCACCAAGGCGAAAGCUACGGCCGACCCCUAUCCCCCUCCUGGUUCUGGUAAAGACAAGAUUUCCCGUACUGAAGCUUUGGGUCUGGUCAUGAUUGACUAUGGAGAGGAGAUUGGAGAGGAUUAUGGUGAUGCUCUAUCCAAGUACGGACGUGCGCGAUGCCGUCUUGCCUCGGUUCAAGAAGACUUUGCUAGUCGUAUGAGUGACAGCUAUAUCGCUGGUAUGGAAUCUGCCCUCGCGGCAGUGAACGAGUACAAGACUCUUCGUAAGAAACUUGAUUCUAGGCGCCUUGCCCUUGACGCAACGAUCACCAAGGCACAGAACAGCAAGAAAGAUGCUGCCUUGCUGGAAGAGGAAAUUGAGAUGGCCAAAAGCAGGUUUCAAGAGGUUGAAGAAGAGACGCACUCGAGGAUGGUCGGGAUUCAGGAGGCUGAAGAUGAGCAAUACGCACUCUUGUCGGACCUUUUGGACUCUGAGCUAGAGUAUCAUAGCAAGUGCAGAGGAAUAUUGGAGGACCUUCGUCAGAACUGGGGCAGUCAUGGUAACCGCAAGAAGACUGCUCCCAAGGGUCGAAGCCGCUCGAACACUGCGACUUCUAAUCGUUCCCUGGGUCGUACAGCUAUCACCCGUUCUCAUUCUUCCAAGCACAACACUGCCCCACCCUCGUCCGAGGAGGACACUCAGGAUACCGUCGGCCGCUCCCGAUCCCAAAGCAACGCCUCCAAUUCAGGCAAGAGCAAAGAGAAGAGGUCCAUGCUACCCUCUUUCGGGUCUCUGGGCAGAAAGAGUGGAUUAUCCAAUGUGACGCCCAAGAAGGAGAAAAAGCCGAAAAAGAGCGACAGCCGGGCGGCACUCCAUUCGGAAGAAGAGGAGGAGGAAGAGUACAGGCCUAUGACCUACUUUGCUCCUCACGCAGACAGAGACAAGGACAGGUCUCAGUCUCAGCUGUCCCCGGUCCUGAGCUACAACUCUUCCACGUACGAUCAGCCCCCUCCCUCUUUACGCCGCACCUUCACAUCCCCUCCCACGCCUGACACGCGCUACCCCGAUCCUUCCGCCCGGUAUGUCAAAGCUCUGUACGACUACCAGGCAAACAAGGACGAUGAGUUGGGCUUGCGAGUUGGCAUAGUGAUCAAGGUGGAGACGGAGGUUAAUGAUGAUUGGUGGAUCGGAGAGAGCGAAGGGCGUUCUGGUCUCUUCCCGAAAACGUAUACUGAGGACCAUGUGCCAUCUCCAGAGGCUACCAUGCCGAGAAGACACCUGCCUCCCCCUAUCCAUCAGCCCGUCAAUAACCACAACGUUCCGCCCUCCCCGAAUCUCAGUCUAAAUGACUCUGAGUUCGAGUCUGAAGCAGAAUCCACCCACGAUGGCUUUUACGACCACGACCACAACUUGACGGCGCCCCUCUCUCAUGCUCCCCAACCUCAAGCUGCGCCUGCGCCUCUUCGUGUGAACCCUUUGACGGGCAAGAAGGCACCGGCUCCGCCACCGAGCAGGAGGGCGCAAAGUAGUAGUAAUAUCCUUGAUUUGAGCAAGGAUCUAGGAGAUACAUAUCUGAGUCCGCCGAGGGCUGGCUCAGGGUAUAGGCAAAGAUCGGGGACAGCAACAGCUGCGAAUGGGGGUGCGCCGGGAGCUUCACCGUUUGCCGGGGGUGAUGAUUAG